GUGUGUGUGUGAGUGCGUGUGAGUGUGUGAAUGUGUUUGAGGUAAAAAAAAACCUCUCCAUCAUGGCAACUCGAUCCUCUGUCACUUCUGCUCACCUGCUCGUCCUGAUGUUUUUGACCUCUGCUAAUUCAGCAUCUAGCUCUGAUUCAGCUCAGAUUUGUCCCCAUUCGAACCCUUCGCCGUCCCGUCCUUCCUCCGUUCACUCGCUGAGGCCUGCAGACGUGCGUGUGCUGUCAGCGCUCGGCCUGUCCGCCUCACACAGGUCUGCUGAUGUUAAGACUCUGACCAGACUCUCAGAGAUUCUGUCCAGCUUUAAUCCAGAACUGAGCACAUUGAUUCCAGUACAGAGCAGUCUGAUCGAGGAGGUCGAGGAUGUGGUUCAGUCCCUAGACAAAAGUCAAUGGAAGCUGCUGCUUCUCUUCGUGUCGGUGGAUGAGCUCUGCGUCUGCCCCGAGCAGGCGUCUUCAGCGGUGGAGGAGACGGUGUUCAGAGUGGAGGAAGCGCUGGACAAACUGCACCACGAGUUGGAUCACUCUCUGGUUCAUGUUGUGGUUUGGGGCGGUCCAGCGGGCGACAGAACAUGUGAGUGUAAAGAUGGAGUCAGUGCACACACACAGACAUGGCGCAGACUGGAAAGAGCCGGCAUUAUGGCUAAUAUUCAGAACAGUCUAGGAGCCCUCCUGCAGAAGCAUCAUCAAUGGACAGAUGGAGAAACCUUUACUGUGGCGCUGCAGUCCAGUCCAACCUACUUCGAUUCCUCAGAUGAUUCAGAGGAACAAACCUGGCAGAUGUUCAUGCAGCUGUGGAGCAAACUGCUACAGCCAACGGUGUCUGAGGUAGAGCUAAAGGGGCGGGGCAUCACUGUUUCCUGCCCUUCACAGGAGAAACCGUAUCUGUUUACACAGAGUAACUCAGGGGUCCAGCCAGAGAGUGAAUCAUACAGUGCAGAUGUACAGCCCAAUCCUAUGGCCACCAGUUUUCCCUGUACAGUAACGAGUCCGUCUCUCUCAGUCCCCACCUCAGUGCAUUUCCUCCAACCUGCUGAUAUCAGAGUGGUGGCAUCGUUAGGAGAUUCGCUCACUGCAGGAAAUGGAGUGGGAGCUGGUCAGAAUAAUGUUCUUGGUGUUAUGACAGAGUAUCGUGGACUGUCAUGGAGCAUUGGAGGAAACGGGGAUCUCUCAUCUGUGACCACUUUAGCAAACAUCUUGAGGGAGUUUAACCCUUUACUCACCGGCUUCUCCACCGGGAAGGGAAAGGCAACCACAGUGCAGGCGUUCCUCAACCAGGCUGUAGCUGGAGCUGAGAGCAAAGACUUGCCAUCUCAGGCCCAAGCCCUCAUCACAAGGAUGACAGGUGACUCGCGUAUUGAUUUCCAGAACGACUGGAAGGUCAUCACGCUGUUCAUCGGAGGAAAUGAUCUGUGUGAACACUGCGCAAACCUGGACUUUUACUCUGCUGAGAAUUUUGCGAGAAACAUCCGUGAUGCUUUGGACAUCUUACAUCAAGAGGUUCCUCGAGCUCUAGUGAACCUGGUGGAGCUUUUUAACAUCGCUCAGCUUCGCCAGCUGCAUCUGGACUUCAAACUCAGCUGCCCCACCUGGCUGGUGAAGAGUAUAUGUCCCUGUGUGUUGAACCCUGCUGAAGGAUCUUCAGACCUGCAGGCUUUAAUAAAUUUGAACAGAGACUAUCAGACUGUAACGAGGAACCUGGUGGACUCUGGCCGCUAUAACACUCGCUCCGACUUCACCGUGGUCUUACAGCCAUUUUUCAGAAACGUGACCUUUCCAAUGCUGCCGGACGGAAGACCUGAUCGCUCCUUCUUCGCUGCAGACUGUUUCCAUCUCAGUCAGAAAUCUCACACUCUCAUGGCUCGAGCUCUCUGGAACAACAUGUUGGAGCCCGUAAACAGUAAAAGCACAUCUGUGGACUUCAACGAGGGCGUCGCCAUGAAGUGUCCUUCUGAGAGCAACCCAUAUUUUACCACCGAUGUGAACAGCGUGUCGGGACAUGAAGCCGUACCCAUGAUUGCGAACUGGGGCAGUGAUUUCUCAUGCAUACACACUGCUCCCUCAGACACCGUACCUGUCUCAGUUCACAGGUUGCGACCAGGAGACAUUAACGUAGUCGCUGCUCUCGGAGACUCCAUAACUGCUGGUUUUGGUGCCAAAGCUAAAAACCUCCUGCAGUUGCUGAACGAGGAGAGGGGUGUGUCCUGGUGCGUUGGAGGCGAUGAGACUCUGGAAACAGUCACUACACUACCAAACAUCCUGAAGAAGUUCAACCCAAAUGUGUUUGGCUUCUCACGAGGGCGCAGCAAGAGGCCCAACGGGUUCAACAUGGCUGUGAGCGGAGCUAAAGCUAUUGAUAUCCCGGGCCAAGUCAGGGACCUGGUGGAGGCUUUAAAGAACAGCACAAGUGUGGACUUUGAGCAGGACUGGAAGUUGGUGACUCUGUUUAUCGGCGGUAAUGAUCUGUGUCAGUUCUGCCAAAACCCGGCCUCUCUUUCUCCUAAAAAGUACAUAGGACACAUCAAGGAGGCUGUGGACAUCCUGUAUCGUGAGGUACCUAGAGUGCUGGUAAACCUUGUAGAGCUCCUACAGAUUGAGAACUUGCGCAAGAUAAAGUCAAGCUCCGCGGGAUGCACCGUCCUGCAGCCGACCCUGUGUCCGUGUUUCCUACGUCCUGAAGAGAACUCUGAGGAGCUGUUCGAGAUGAAGCGGAUCAAUCGGCAGAUGCAGACGGAGACAGAGAGGCUGGUGUUCGGAGGACGAUACGAGAGCAGAGAAGACUUUGCUUUAGUUCUGCAGCCUUUCUUCCAAAGCACAGUGGUUCCGAUGGGAGAAGACCGACAGCCAGACCUGAGCUUCUUCUCAGUGGACUGUUUCCACUUCACUGAGCGUGGACAUGCUGAGAUGGCCAUCGCACUGUGGAACAAUAUGUUGGAGCCAGUGGGCAGCAAACAGACCUACAACAACUUCACACAUGAUCGCAGCAAGAUACGCUGUCCCUCAGAGGAUCGUCCCUUCAUCUUUACCCGAGUUAACAGUUUAACCUCGGAGGACGGUGAACCAACAGUGCUCACCCCAACUCCUAUCACCCCCAAGGGCUCAGUAGCAUUAUGGGUAGCUAUAAUCUUGACCAUCUCUGGAGCUUUGGUGGGCGGAGUCUUGUCCUGGCUCGCUCUGUCCUGCACAGCACGAAGACAGAAGAAGAGCAGCAGCAGUCUGAGUACUGUUAUGAUUCAGGGAUAUGAAAGAAAACUUUAAUUUUAUUCUGGAAUUCUUAAUUUUACUUUACUACAAAUACAAUUAUAGAAGAAAAAUAAAAUACCCAUGUGGUUUAUUAUGUGUAAAAUGAAAAAUAAGGAUCGUUUUAAAAAUGAUGUGUUUUAAUUAAAGUGAGCUUCCAUAC